AUGGGCCCCUGUACCGCCUCGUCAUGCUGCUGCCAGGCCCGUAAUCUGUCAUGGGCCCCUGUACCGCCUCCUCAUGCUGCUGCCAGGCCCGUAAUCUGCCAUGGGCCCCCGUACCGACUCCUCAUGCUGCUGCCAGGCCGUAAUUGUCAUGGGCCCCUGUACCGCCUCCUCAUGCUGCUGCCAGGUCCAGAGUGUGUCAGGGUCCCUGUACGGCCUCCCAUUGCUGCUGUCUAUCCAUCGCCACACUCUGCCAUGUGCCACUUUCAGGUCUCCUCACACUGCUGGUGGGUUCCAUUUUGUCAUAGGGUGCUGCAGAUUACGUGCCUCCCAUUGCUGCUGCCAGGCCCGUUAAUCUGCCAUGGGCACCCCGUUCCCUACUGCUCUCAUGCUGCUGCC